UUUACUUGCUCAUGUAACCCCGGUAAUAGAGUUCAGUGAGCUGUCCGUCGGUAUCCCAUGAUCCGGUAUGACUAUACACCUGGCCUGGGACUAUCGGGACCACUCGACGCCUGUCUAUGAUGCAAAGCGCCCAGUGUCUCAGGAUGCUGACUGCAGGGUGCCGGCUCCAGAGAACAUGUGUCCGCCACAUCCAGGCCCAAGUGCAGGCCUUUUUGGGCAAAGUCAGAGCUGAUGAAAGACCCUUGCUUGUGACGUUGGUGAAAACUGAUGCCCAAGCACUGCCGCUCAGCGUUCCACAGGCUAUGAAGGUCCUGCGGCUGGAUAUAUGUCGCAGGAUAUUUUGCGAUUUGAAGGAUGUAAAUCACGUGCAGCUCUGGGGAUUUUACAACGCAUCACCAAAGACAGGGGACCUGGAAUCUGAUUUUUGGAUGAGCCUGAGGAGCGUGGGUGUCCCAAAGCCACCAACUGUGUUCAGGAAUAAGCAGCUGGAACUGCUGGAGGACAGACUGGCUGACGGAGCGUCGCUGGUGGUGGACGUGUCGGAGCCAGCGGGCGCGGCGGCCGCCUCGAGUCAGACGCUCAGAGACUAUCUGCAGACGCAGCGGGCCGAGCUGCUGCGGCUCUCCGCGCUACUGGAGACCGAUGGUAGCACAGAACAAGCCGAAGGAGCGAUGCGGUUCUACCAGCAAUUUUUGUUCUCUGUAGAAACUCGUGUUGCUGGAAUUCUGGAGUGUCCUAGUGCACAACCGGAGUCGGACCUCAGUAUUCUCCAGGUGUUAUCAGAGGAAGAAGCGAGGUACCACAGGCAUCUGAACAGGUUCGAGACCCGGCUGGCGCUGGACGUGCUGUGGGAGACGAUGCUGCUGGUGAGGCGACACGUGGAGUCGGCGGGUGACGCCGUCCCGGCCGCGGCGCUCCUGGCUGCCAGUCACCGUCUCAUCGGCCACUUGGAACGGCUGGGAGUUCCACUCCAUUGUCAGGCGGCCGAGCCGGCGGCCGACGGUCGUCUGUCGGCCGUGGUGGACGCCGCCGCAGAGUUCCGCCGCGCCGUGCGCAGCUACGCGCUGCAGGACAGGAAGCAGCGCGCCGAGCUGAUGACCGCCUGCGACGCCGUGCGCGACCAGCUGCUCAAGGCCGGCAUCAAACUGCAGGAUAAGAAGAACCAGGUGUCGUGGCUGUGGGCGCAAAACAAGUGAUUAUGUAAAGGACAACUGUAUUGAGUAAUGUGUCUCUUGGCUUCAUGCUUUCAUUGUUUUAAAUAAACAGAUAAAGUGGCACAUAAAAAA